GUAUAGGUAUUCGGUGAAUCGAAGUCACCGGGCGGUCCCGGCCAGCAAAAGUCAGUGACGAAAAACCCGUUCAGCGUUUUGUGCAGUUUAAGUUUUUCUUCUUCGCAGGAGUGGUUAUGAUUUAUUUAGGCACAAUUUAAUUAACCAGUGAGUUACAGAAAAGUACUUCAGGAUGGGACAGCACGUUUCCCGGACAGACUUCGAGUGGACGUAUACCGAGGAACCGCACGCUAGCCGACGUAAAAUUAUUCUGCAAAAGUAUCCCCAAAUCAAGAAACUGUUUGGUUAUGAUCCACAAUUCAAAUGGGUUGCCACGGGUAUGGUUCUGGCCCAAUUUGCAAUGCUGUUUGUAAUGAAAGAUCAGUCAUGGAAGAUGAUAUUUCUGCUGGCUUACUGUUUAGGCGGAGUCAUCAAUCACUCGCUCAUGCUGGCAUGUCAUGAAAUUGCUCACAAUUUGGCAUUUGGACAUUCGAGGCCACUGGCGAAUCGUCUAUUUGGAUUUUUCUGCAAUCUACCCAUCGGACUGCCCAUGUCCGUGAGCUUCAAAAAGUAUCACCUGGAACAUCAUCGAUACCAGGGAGAUGAAGUGAUUGACACUGAUCUGCCAACCCUACUGGAAGCAAAACUCUUCUCAAAUACACUUGGAAAAUUUAUUUGGGUUUGCCUUCAACCCUUAUUUUACAUCUUUCGUCCACUCAUCGUGAACCCGAAGCCCCCGCAAAAGCUGGAAAUCGUGAAUGGAAUAAUUCAGCUUAUUUUCAACACCAUAGUCGUAUAUUUUUUCGGUUGGAAGGUUAUGUUCUAUCUAGUGAUUGGAUCUUUGCUGGCAAUGGGCUUACAUCCGGUUGCGGGCCAUUUUAUCUCCGAACACUACAUGUUUGCCAAAGGCUUUGAAACUUAUUCCUAUUACGGUCCGCUGAACUGGAUCACAUUCAACGUUGGAUAUCACAACGAACAUCACGAUUUUCCGGCAGUACCAGGACGGUACUUGCCUGAAGUAAAACGAAUUGCACCGGAAUUCUAUGACACCAUCCCACAGCAUUCAUCAUGGUCAAGAGUGCUCUACGAUUUCAUUACUGAUCCAGCCAUCGGUCCAUACGCGAGGAUCAAGAGGAAGGCGCGAGGAUUAGAUUCUUAAUUGCAGCAUAACGCACGGGAUUGAUUGAAUUACUUAUCUACGUCCUGCAUUGUAAUAACUAUUAGGUAAGAUUUCUUUUUAUUUUCAACGUGGCAGUCGAGAGAAACAGGUUAUUCAAUUUGUAUGAAUUUUGAAUUUAUAUAAAUUCGAUCGAGCAAGAUUCUGGUAAUUACUAAAUAUUAACACAGACAGUCGUUGUUUUUGCAUCGCUAGCUUUAAAACUUUAUGUCCAGAUAUGUAACACAGAGAAAGAAAAAAUUGCGUCCGUGGUUCCAUCUUGACAAAAGGAUAUUAUUUACUACAUUUGUUAGUGCAAGUUAUAAACGGUUUGCAACUUGCGCUGAUUUAUCGUGUCAAACUGAUAAUCGUAUAAGUUUAGAGCAUUAUUUUGAGUGUUGUAACCAAGUAAAACUAUACGACUAUCGCAUUUUGCACAUCCAAGCGCGAGUUAUUAGAUAGAAAUUUACCUAACGAACUGAAACUGAUUGCUAGGGAAAACAGAAGAUCGUAUUUUUAAGGAAAAGCCUAGACGUCGCUACACUUUGAGUCCUAUGUGAAGAGUAAUCUUAAUGUUAACCAAAAACUAGAACUGAAUCUUGAAAAUCUGUGGGGAUUCUAACUAUGAAGAAGAAACACAACUGUUGCUUAAUAGAUACUAUUAUAAUUCAAACUGUUUGUGCUAUUGAAAAAAAAAAUAACAUACGUGGACUGCUUGAAAGAGUCCACUGUAAAUACAUUAAAGUCGAUGUAA